UGCCAUGCCUUUCGAGUUUCGACGUUACAUACAGAACAAAAUUAUUUGCGACAAGCUUUCAACCGUCCUAUUUGAUCCGGAGGUGGAGGAGUGGAUCUGACAAAAAUUCAGGCUAAUCAUGGGCACCUAAUGUGAAUGUAAUUAUCCAGGUCCGAGUCCGACCCAUUCAUCUCACAACCGGAAUGAAUGAAUCGGCGUGGAUGGAGCACUGCGGCCGGAAAACAAAACUGAUGUGCACGAGAAAGCGGCGUCGCAUAUAAGCGGAGUAGAAGGAUGUAAACUCAAUUUGCUGAAUGAAUAAAUUCUCAUCUCUUAGCAGUUAGCACCGACAUAGAUACAUAAAUUCUCUUUCUCUCUCUCCUCUGCCUCUCUUCCAGGAUUCCGAUCUGCCUGUUGAAGUCUUCAAGCGCGUAACUGAUCCGUAGAAGUUUCACGUUUCCAUAGUUCAGAUCUGGUCGAGUCAACUCAAGCUCAAAGAAUCCCGGGCUAUAGGUAGAAGGAUUUGAAUUUUGCGCUUCUUCCCUCUUCCUCAAUUUCUUUUGUCUCUGUUCAAAGUACUGGAUUUUUCUUUCUUUUCCGAUACAAUUUUUGAGGUUUAGGGAUCUCCAAUUCUGUAGUCGGCAUCGAGUUUUCAUUGUACAAUCUCAUUAAAGCUGGGAUUUAGCUGCUCCUUAUAUAGGAUUUUGUUCUACAGAUUUCGUCAUUUUAAAUGAGAUUGAACAGAUUGGAGCCAUUUUCAUUGGAAAAUUUGUAGUUGUACAGCCAUAUGAGCUCUUGCCGCAGACAGUUUCUUUCCUUAGUCUCGAAGGGAGAGCGUACCAAAUAUUAGUUGGUGCUACAUACUAUCUCGUAGAACUGGUUUUUUUGGGGCUUACAGUUACUACAUUUUAGAACUGGUGCCCAUUAGCUUGGACGCAGUAGUCACCUCGAAAGGCACAACGCACAAUGCCGUCAUCUCUUCAUCAAAGACAACAGCAGCAGCUUCUGGCGGAUCCUUAUCCAAUUUCACCACGUUCUACGAGCGGUUACCAAAGAUCUAUCUCUCCCUUCAGCCGAACUGGCCUUCUCAUAUUUCUGUCUCUUAUGGUAGUUCUGGGUGUUCUUUUCCCGUGGAUGGACAUGAUGGAAAGUUUCAUUUCAGCCGGUGGGAGCUCGCUUUCGAAAUGGCGGGAUUACACGCUGGCCCAGGCUGUGUCUUUUGUGGCAAAAAAUGGAACAGUUAUUGUCUGCGCUGUGAGCCAGCCUUACCUGCCGUUUCUAAAUAAUUGGUUGAUCAGCAUUUCCAGGCAGAAGCAUCAGGAGCAGGUACUUGUUAUUGCUGAGGAUUAUGCGACCCUCUACAAGGUAAAUCAAAAAUGGCCCGGUCAUGCCGUUCUCAUCCCGCCUGUACCCGAUACUCAGACAGCUCACAAAUUUGGAUCUCAGGGAUUCUUCAAUUUUACAUCCCGCAGGCCUCGCCACCUUCUGCAGAUUUUGGAGCUUGGAUAUACUGUUAUGUAUAAUGAUGUCGAUAUGGUCUGGUUGGCAGACCCGUUUCCCUAUCUCCAAGGCUAUCACGAUGUGUACUUCACAGAUGAUAUGGCUGCAGUGAAACCUUUGAAUCACUCUCAUGAUUUGCCACCUCCAGGGAAGAAAGGGCGCACUUAUAUUUGCAGCUGCAUGAUUUUCCUGCGACCAACUAGUGGAGCAAAGCUGGUCAUGAAGAAGUGGAUUGAAGAACUCCAGGAUCAGCCAUGGUCCAAAAUAAAGAAAUCCAAUGACCAACCUGCCUUCAACUGGGCUUUAAAUAAAACUGCUGGACAGGUGGAUUUGUAUCUGCUGCCACAAGCAGCAUUCCCAACAGGAGGACUGUAUUUCAAGAACAAAACAUGGGUCGAGGAGACUAAGGGGAUGCAUGUCAUCAUCCAUAAUAAUUAUAUCACAGGCUUUGAGAAGAAGAUAAAGCGGUUCCGUGAUUUUGGGCUCUGGCUAGUGGAUGAUUAUGUCCUUGAGUCACCACUUGGCAGGAUAUGACAAAUGGAUGAACUCCUUAGCAGAACCAGGAAGGCUAUUCUUCACUGUAGGCAUUUGAAGCUUAUUGAAUACUGUAACUAUUGGCUCUGAUAAGAUCAGUAAACCAUGGAAGA